AUGGGAGAUCAUGUCACUAUCUCUGCUGAGAUAUUUCAGGGAACUCGAGGCCAAGGAUCCUUGACUACUCAACACCACAUUGCAAUCCCCAUAGAAGAAUUUAGUGCAUCCCAGAAAGCUUCAAAGGACAAGAGGCCUGUUACGGAUGACAAUGUCCAAAAUCCUGAAGAAUGUUGUGAAGAAUCUCAAGAAGAUAUGAGAGAAUGCCGCUAUUGUCACGAGGAAGACUUUGUUUCUAAACUGGAAACACCAUGCUCUUGCAAUGGCAGCUUGAGGUAUGUUCACAAGAACUGCAUUGACCAAUGGUACCAUUCCAAAGGCAGCAUGAUCUGUGAGAUUUGCAAGCAGCGUUACCAUCCAAAUUAUACAGUUCCGGAACCCAUUUAUUCUUCUUCUGAUGAGACAGAGAUAAGUGAGGAAUGGACGUUUCCUGGAACAAACACUCAAAUCCAAGCACCACUGUUGGUGGUAGAGCGUGCCACCAAUGGCCUCAUUGAAUCGAUGAAUAAAGACUUCACCUUGAGAAAUCCCAGUGGAGGAGUGAUAUUUGGAACAGCACUCCUCAUUUUUAUGGCAGUGCUAGUUGUUAAGGAUGCUUAUAACUAUGCUCCACCGAGGGAUGACAAAGUUGGUCACACUUUGUACUGGAAUAUGUCACUUUCUGCGCUGUUCUUGACAGUGUAA